CUUUUCACGAAAAAUGACUGAUAAGACAGAUUGACAGGCAAAGAUAAAUAAACUUUUAAAAUAAAAACAAACAAUUCGUGCAAACAAGUUUACUGAAAAUGUUGCCAAUAAUGUUGCCAACUCCUGUUGUAAGGAGAAAGAAUAAAUAUAGAUGUAGUGUACCACGAUGCAGCAGUAUAUAUUAUUGGCCAGCUCAACCGAAUGUGAAAAAAAAACGUUUUUAUCGACUUCCCAAAGAUGACAACAGAAGACAACAAUGGAUCGACAUUCUAGGAAUUCCUAAUGGACCAAAAUCGGUGCAUUCUAUGAGCGUAUGUGGAGACCAUUUUGGCGAAGAAGCCUUUACAAAUACUUUACGAGAUAGACUUAAUAAAUACGCAAAACCUUUGGUACCAGCUCCAUUGGUUAGUGAUAAUGUGGAAGUUGACAGCUACCAACAAUAUGUCCCAAAUGAAUUUAGUGAAAAUUCCGAGAAAAUAGAUUAUAGGAUUGGUGUCAGUGGUACAGCAAUUACUUUUUCUGAAUUACAGAAAAAAACAAGUGAAGAUAAAAAUAAGAAACUUAGUUGUGAAAAUAAAGUGUAUGUGUACGAGUUGCCAAGUGGUCGAAAAGUUAUGUUCUAUCAUCUACCAAUUUUGGAGAAUUUAAAAUAA